UAGGAAUAGUUAUUUUGACGUUUCAAAAAUUUCACAUAACCAAAUAUGGUUUUUUCUAAAGAACUUAGUGAGUGUUGUGAGUUUACGAAGAAGUGUUAGUUAAAAUUAUUCUAAUUUGUUAAUUUAUUUAGUAGAAUAAUAGUUUAUAGUGUACGAAUUAAGAUGUCAUUUCGUGUUGUAAGAACUUCAAAAUUUCGACACGUGUACGGACAAGCGUUGAAGAGAGAGCAAUGUUAUGACAAUAUUCGGGUAUCGAAAAGUUCAUGGGAUUCGACCUUCUGCGCUGUCAAUCCCAAGUUUAUAGCUGUCAUUGUUGAGAGCGCAGGCGGUGGUGCUUUUAUUGUCUUACCGCAAAGCAACAAGGUUGGAAGAAUACCCGCCGACCAUCCCCUUGUCGGUGGCCAUAAAGGGCCCGUUUUGGACAUUGCUUGGUGUCCGCACAACGAUAACGUUAUUGCAAGUGGAUCAGAAGAUUGCGUCGUGAAGGUGUGGCAUAUACCCGACGGAGGUCUUAUUAAAACUCUAACCGAAUCUGUAGUUGACCUUGUAUACCAUCAAAGAAGGGUGGGCUUGGUUUUAUGGCACCCGACAGCUCAAAACGUCCUAUUGACAGCAGGAAGUGACAAUCAAAUUGUCAUAUGGAACGUCGGUACUGGUGAAGCUUUAGUGGAAAUCGACUGCCAUCCAGAUAUAGUUUAUAGCGCUUGUUUUAACUGGGACGGAUCUGAAUUGCUCACAACAUGUAAAGACAAAAAAAUUAGAAUAAUUAACCCAAGGACGGGGAUAGUAACCUCGGAAGCUCUAGCUCAUGAAGGGUCCAAAGCGACCAGAGCCAUAUUUCUUCGACACGGUCUCGUGUUUACGACGGGGUUCUCGAAAAGAUCCGAACGACAGUACAGUUUGCGAACGCCAGACUGUUUGGAAGAACCUAUAGUGAUGGUCGAACUCGACACUUCAAACGGAGUCAUGUUUCCUUUGUACGAUCCUGAUACGAAUCUAGUGUAUCUCUGUGGUAAAGGAGAUUCGGUCAUAAGGUACUUUGAAAUUACUGCCGAACCCCCAUUCGUUCAUUACAUAAACACUUUCCAAACACCAGACCCUCAGAGAGGUAUUGGUAUGAUGCCAAAGAGAGGAUGUGACGUUACUUCCUGUGAAAUUGCCAGAUUUUACAGACUGAAUAAUUCUGGCUUGUGCCAAGUUAUAACCAUGACAGUGCCACGGAAAUCUGAGCUGUUUCAGGAAGAUUUAUAUCCCGACACCUUAGGAGAUACGGCAGCACUGUCUGCCGACGAAUGGAUAGCCGGCAAAGAUGCCGAACCACUGCUCAUUUCGUUAAAGGACGGCUACAGACCGCCAGAAUCGAAAAGCUCGCUCAGUGUCACUAGGAAAAGCAACCUACUUGACAAAGUAUCCAGUAAAAACAAAUCCAGUAGCAGAAAUACGGGUGCACCAGUUUCAGAUCAAGCUCUUCAAGAAAUCGCUGACGAAAUUCGGAAACUUAAGGCCAUGAUAGUGAAGCACGAAAAUCGCAUCAGGGCACUUGAGGCCGAAGUGGCCUCUUCGAAACAAGUUAGUAAUGUAGGAUCAGAGGAUGCAGAUGGCGCUGGAGGUGACGGCUUGAGGACGUCGCCUACGCUGGCUACAGACGAGGUGUAACCUUAACUCUGUUUUGACAACGUCAAGGUUUCCAAUAAGAUUUUACAUCAGCGUUAUCGAGCCCCCCUCCAGUCCGUUGUUUUUCGCUUUUUGUACAUAGAUUUGUUAAUUUCUACCGCCGAUGAUCAUAUAAAUAAUGUAAACAAUGUAAAUUUAUUUGUAGAAGUGAGAUAAAUAUUGCAGUGUUUAGCUAA